AUGCAUCAACGUACGUCUUCUCUUUAUUCUCCUUAUCUUUACAAUCGUUUUUUUUUUUUUUCAUUAUACACUUUUUGUUUUUAUUUUCUUCUCAUUCUCUUUAUUUUAUUAUUCUUUACUUCAUGCUCAUUUCCAUUUUCUUCUUUUCUUCCCUUCGCUCUCUUUUUCUCUUGUUUCCCUUCUACCUUUCGUUCUCUUUUUCUCUUUAUUCUUUUCUUCCCUUCGUCGCGUUUUUCUCUUUAUUCUCUUCGUCCUUUCGUUCUCAUUUUCUCUUUAUCCUCUUCUUCCCUUCAUUCUCUUUUUCUCUUUACUCGUCGUCCUUUCGUUCUCAUUUUCUCUUUAUUCUCUUCUUCCCUUCGUCGCUUGUUUCUCUUUAUUCUCUUCGUCCUUUCGUUCUAUUUUUCUCUUUAUUCUAGUCGUCGCCUUUUUCUCUUUAUUCUCUUUAUUCUCUUCGUCCUUUCGUUCUAUUUUUCUCUUUAUUCUUUUCUUCCCUUUGUUCUCUUUUUUCUCUUUAUUCUCUUCGUUCUUUCGUUCUUUUUUUUUUCUUCUUUAUUCUUUCCUUCCCUUUGUUCUCUUUUUCUCUUUAUUCUCUUCGUCCUUUCGUUCUAUUUUUCUCUUUAUUCUUUUCUUCCCUUUGUUCUCUUUUUCUCUUUAUUCUCUUCGUCCUUUCGUCUAUUUUUCUCUUUAUUCUUUUCUUCUCUUCGUCGCCUUUUUCUCUUUAUUGUCUUCGUCCUUUCGUUCUAUUUUUCUCUUUAUUCUUUUCUUCCCUUUGUUCUCUUUUUCUCUUUAUUCUCUUCGUCCUUUCGUUCUAUUUUUCUCUUUAUUCUUUCCUUCCCUUUGUUCUCUUUUUCUCUUUAUUCUCUUCGUGUUUUUUGUUCUAUUUUUUCUCUUUAUUCUUUUCUUCCCUUUGUUCUCUUUUUCUCUUUAUUCUCUUCGUCCUUUCGUCUAUUUUUCUCUUUAUUCUUUUUUCUUCUUUUCGCCUUUUUCUCUUUAUUGUCUUCGUCCUUUCGUUCUAUUUUUUCUUUAUUCUUUUCUUCCCUUUGUUCUCUUUUUUUCUUUUAUUCUCUUCGUCCUUUCGUUCUAUUUUUCUCUUUAUUCUUUUCUUCUUUGUUUUGUUUUUGUUUAUUCUUUCCUUUUUCUCUUUAUUCUUCUUUAUUUCUCUUUUUUCCUUUAUUUUUCGUCCUAUUUUUCUCUUUAUUCUUUUCUUCCCUUUCUUUCUCUUUUUCUCUUUAUUCUCUUCGUCCUUUCGUCUUUUUUUCUUUAUUCUUUUUCUUCCCUUUGUUCUCUUUUUUCUCUUUAUUCUCUUCGUCCUUUCGUCUAUUUUUUCUCUUUAUUCUUUUCUUCCUUUGUUCUCUUUUUCUCUUUAUUGUCUUCGUCCUUUCGUCUAUUUUUCUCUUUAUUCUUUUCUUCCCUUUGUUCUCUUUUUCUCUUUAUUCUCUUCGUCCUUUCGUCUAUUUUUCUCUUUAUUCUUUUCUUCCCUUUGUUCUCUUUUUCUCUUUAUUCUCUUCGUCCUUUCGUCUAUUUUUCUCUUUAUUCUUUUCUUCCUUUGUUCUCUUUUUUUCUUUAUUCUCUUCGUCCUUUCGUCUAUUUUUUCUCUUUAUUCUUUUCUUCCCUUUGUUCUCCUUUUUUUUUUUCUUUAUUCUCUUCGUCCUUUCGUCUAUUUUUUUCUCUUUAUUCUUUUCUUCCCUUUGUUCUCUUUUUCUCUUUAUUCUCUUCGUCCUUUCGUCUAUUUUUCUUUUUUAUUGUUUUUCUUCCUUUGUUCUUUUUCUCUUUAUUCUCUUCGUCCUUUCGUCUAUUUUUCUCUUUAUUCUUUUCUUCCCUUUGUUCUCUUUUUCUCUUUAUUCUCUUCGUCCUUUCGUCUAUUUUUCUCUUUAUUCUUUUCUUCCCUUUGUUCUCUUUUUCUCUUUAUUCUCUUCGUCCUUUCGUUCUAUUUUUCUCUUUAUUCUUUUCUUCCUUUGUUUCUUUUUCUCUUUUUUCUCUUCGUCCUUUCUUCUAUUUUUUCUUUCUUUUUUUCUUCCCUUUGUUCUCUUUUUCUCUUUAUUCUCUUCGUCCUUUCGUUCUAUUUUUCUCUUUAUUCUUUCCUUCCCUUUGUUCUCUUUUUCUCUUUAUUCUCUUCGUCCUUUCGUUCUAUUUUUCUCUUUAUUCUUUUCUUUCCUUUGUUCUCUUUUUCUCUUUAUUCUCUUCGUCCUUUCGUCUAUUUUUCUCUUUAUUCUUUUCUUCUCUUCGUCGCCUUUUUCUCUUUAUUGUCUUCGUCCUUUCGUUCUAUUUUUCUCUUUAUUCUUUCCUUCCCUUUGUUCUCUUUUUCUCUUUAUUCUCUUCGUCCUUUCGUUCUAUUUUUCUCUUUAUUCUUUUCUUCCCUUUGUUCUCUUUUUCUCUUUAUUCUCUUCGUCCUUUCGUUCUAUUUUUCUCUUUAUUCUUUUUUUCCUUUUUGUUCUCUUUUUUCUUUAUUUUUUCUCUUCGUCCUCUUCGUCCUUUCGUUCUAUUUUUCUCUUUAUUCUUUUCUUCCCUUUGUUUCUUUCCUUUUUUUUUUCUCUUUAUUCUCUUCGUCCUUUCGUCUAUUUUUUCUCUUUAUUCUUUUUUUCUUCUUUUUCUUUUUUUUCUUUUCUCUUUAUUCUCUUCGUCCUUUCGUUCUAUUUUCUCUUUAUUCUUUCCUUCUUCCUUUUUUUCUCUUUUUCUCUUUAUUCUCUUCGUCCUUUUUCGUUCUAUUUUUUCUUUAUUUUUUUUUUCUUUCCCUUUGUUCUCUUUUUCUCUUUAUUCUCUUCGUCCUUUCGUUCUAUUUUCUCUCUUUUUUUCUAUUUUUUUUUUUUCUUCCUUUGUUCUUUUUUUCUCUUUAUUCUCUUCUUUUUUUAUUUUCGUCCUUUCGUUCUAUUUUUCUAUUUUUCUCUUUAUUCUUUUCUACCCUUUGUUCUCUUUUUCUCUUUAUUCUCUUCGUCCUUUCGUCUAUUUUUUCUUUAUUCUUUUUUCUCUUCGUCGCCUUUUUUCUCUUUAUUGUCUUCGUCCUUUCGUUCUAUUUUUCUCUUUAUUCUUUUCUUCCCUUUGUUCUCUUUUUCUCUUUAUUCUCUUCGUCCUUUCGUCUAUUUUUCUCUUUAUUCUUUUCUUCCCUUUGUUCUCUUUUUCUCUUUAUUCUCUUCGUCCUUUCGUCUAUUUUUUUUAUUCUUUAUUCUUUUCUUCCCUUUGUUCUCUUUUUUCUCUUUAUUCUCUUCGUCCUUUUCUUUUCUAUUUUUUCUUUAUUCUUUUCUUCCCUUUGUUUCUUUUUUCUCUUUAUUCUCUUCGUCCUUUCGUCUCUAUUUUUUUUUCUCUUUAUUCUUUUCUUCCUUUUUUCUUUUUUCUCUCUUUAUUCUCUUCGUCCUUUCGUCUAUUUUUCUCUUUAUUUUUUCUUUUUCUUCGCCUUUUUCUCUUUAUUGUCUUUUCCUUUCGUUUAUUUUUCUCUUUAUUCUUUUCUUCCUUUCCUUUUUUCUCUUUAUUUUCUUCGUCCUUUUUAUUCUUUUCUUCCUUUUUCUCUUUGUUCUCUUUUUUUCUUUUAUUUUUAUUCUCUUUCUUUUCCUUUCGUCUAUUUUUUCUCUUUAUUCUUUUCUUCCCUUUGUUCUCUUUUUUCUUUUUUCUUCGUCUUCGUCUAUUUUUUCGUUUUUUCUCUUUAUUCUUUUUCUUCUCUUCGUCUUUUCGUCUAUUUUUCUCUUUAUUCUUUUCUUCGUUGUUCUUUUUUUCUUUAUUGUCUUCGUCCUUUCGUCUAUUUUUCGAUCUAUUUUUUCUCUUUGUUCUCUUUUUUUUAUUCUUUUUUCUUCCUUUGUUCUAUUUUUUUUUUUCUUUAUUCUCUUCGUCCUUUCGUUUAUUUUUCUCUUUUUAUUUUUUUCUUCUUUUUCCCUUUUUCUCUUUUUCUUUUUUUAUUCUCUUCGUCAUUUCGUCUCUUUUUUUCUCUUUAUUCUUUUCUUCCCUCUUUUUUUUUCUUUAUUCUCUUCGUCCUUUCGUCUAUUUUUCUCUUUAUUCUUUUCUUCCUUUCUUUUUUCUUUUUUCUCUUUUUAUUGUCUUCGUCCUUUCGUCUAUUUUUCUCUUUAUUCUUUUCUUCCCUUUGUUCUCUUUUUUCUCUUUAUUCUCUUCGUCCCUUUCGUCUAUUUUUUCUCUUUAUUCUUUUCUUCCCUUUGUUCUCUUUUUUCUUUUUAUUCUCUUCGUCCUUUCGUCUCUUUUUUCUCUUUAUUCUUUUCUUCCCUUUGUUCUCUUUUUCUUUAUUCUCUUCGUCCUUUCGUCUAUUUUUUCUUUAUUCUUUUCUUCCCUUUGUUCUUUUUUCUCUUUAUUCUCUUCGUCCUUUCGUCUAUUUUCUCUUUAUUCUUUAUUCUUCCCUUUGUUCUUUUUUCUCUUUGUUUUUAUUCUCUUCGUCCUUUCGUCUAUUUUUCUCUUUAUUCUUUUUCUUCCCUUUAUUUCUUUUUUUUUCUCUUUAUUCUCUUCGUCCUUUCGUCUAUUUUCUCUUUUAUUCUUUUCUUCCUUUGUUUUUUUUCUUUUUCUCUUUUUCUAUUUUUCUCUUUAUUCUUUUCUUCCCUUUGUUCUCUUUUUCUCUUUAUUCUCUUCGUCCUUUCGUCUAUUUUUCUCUUUAUUCUUUUCUUCCCUUUGUUCUCUUUUUCUCUUUAUUCUCUUCGUCCUUUCGUCUAUUUUUCUCUUUAUUCUUUUCUUCCCUUUGUUCUCUUUUUCUCUUUAUUCUCUUCGUCCUUUCGUCUAUUUUCUCUUUAUUCUUUUCUUUCCUUUGUUCUCUUUUUCUCUUUAUUCUCUUCGUCCUUUCAUCUAUUUUUCUCUUUAUUCUUUUCUUCCCUUUGUUCUCUUUUUCUCUUUAUUCUCUUCGUCCUUUCGUUCUCAUUUUCUCUUUAUUCUCUUAUUCACUUCUCUUUAUUUUGUUUUUCUUUUUAUUCUCUUUAUUUUUUUUUUUUUUUUAUUCUCUUCAUUCCUUUUUCUCCCCUUCAUUCUCUUUUUUAUUCUUUUUUUUUUCCCCAACAUUCUUAUUUCUCUGGUCUCUUGUUUUCUUUCUUCUAUUUUUUCUCUUUUUCACUAUAUUCUCCAUUAUUUCUCUCUAAUAUUUUUUCUGCUUUAUUCUUCUUUUCUCCUCUUCACUUCUUUACAUUUUUUGGAGCCACCCUAUUUCUCUCUUCUUUUCUUUUUUUUAUUUCUUUUUCACUAUUCUCUCCUCUUUUUUUGCUCUGGAUUAUUUUCUUCGUCUUUUUUAUAUUCUUUUCUACUGCUUUUAUUCCUCUCUCUUUUUACCUUUUCUCCGAAUUCUCGUUUUUCUUAUAUCCUCAAUUUCUCUCUCCUCCUCCUCCCUCUUAUCUUCUUUCUUUCAUUUUUUUCUUUUUGCUCGAUAAUCCGUUAUUUUUUUCAUACGACCAAUUUAAUAUCUCCACCCGUCAUAGUCUCCUGUCCACCCUUCGUUCCACAAUCUUUUUUUUUCAUUUUGGCUUUUUUUUCUUUCCCUCUCCUCUUCUUUUACCCUCUUUCUCUUUAACUCUUUCAUUUCUCUCUUUUCUCUUUAACGUCAUUCACUCCCACUGCUUCUUUUUCUUUACUAUCUUUCUUUCUAUCCCUCUUCUUUCUUUUCCUUGUUUUCCUUUACUUUAUAUCUUUCUGUCUCCUUUCUUUUCCUUUAACUAUUUCUUCCUCUCUUUUUUUUUCUUUUCCUUAUUUUCCAUUAACCUCUUUCUUUCCCUCUUUUUCGUUACCUCUUUUCCUUUAACAACUUUCUUUCUCUUUCCCUUAUCUUUUUUUACUCUCUUUCUUUCUUUCUUUCUUUCUUUCUCUCAUACGUUCUCUUCACUGUCGUUCUUUCCUUUUCUUUAUUAUCCUCUUUCUUUCACUCUUGUCGUCUGCUUUUCAAGGCAUGAUUUUUCAUUUCCCGUUGCUGUGUUAAUUCGACGCCAUUUUUUUUCUCUUGUUCUCUUCUCUCACUCAUUGAAGUAUAUCACGUGCACAUAUUUUCUUGUGUUUUCUUUCUUUUUUUACUCUAUUUUUUCAUUCGAUAUUUACCGGUAUCUUUUUGAUGUCUUCUCUUACUUACUCUCUUUCUCUUUUCGUCGUCUAGGGGCUCGACUGACGAUGAAGCAAAAAAUACGUUCCCUCUCUCUUUCGUCUUGGUAUGACAACAUUCUUGCACGAGAUGGUCUGUUCUUUCUUUCUUUCUUUCUUUCUUUCUUUCUUUCUUUCUUUUCCCUCUCGUGCUUUGUUUAA